AUGGUGGAUGUGAUGGAGUUGCCCAAGGCGCGAAUCAACGCCAGCAUGCUAGCUCAGUUCAUCGACCAGCCGGUCUGCUUCGUAGAGAGGCUGGAGAAGAUUCAUCCCACUGGGAAAAUGUUUAUUCUUUCAGAUGAUGAAGGAAAAAAUGGAACUACUGAGUUGAUGGAGCCUCUUGAUGAAGGAAUCUCUGGAAUCAUGGAAGUAGCUGGAAGAGUAACGGCCAAGGCAACCAUUAUGUGUGCAUCUUAUGUCCAGUUUAGAGAAGAUAAUCAUCCUUUUGAUCCUGGACUUUACAAUGAGGCUGUGAAGAUUACCCAUGAGUUCCCUCAGAUUUUUCCUUUGGGAGUUGUGCAGUAUGGUUGAACUAUUUU